AUACAUGUCAAAACGCCUAUAUUUUUCUAAUUAUUGUUGCUACUGAUUUUUUUUUUGUGGAGUGAAUUUUAGUGAGUAGAAAUUAAAAUUUUCCUAAUACACUGGGCACAAAUUUAUCGAAUUAUUGGUGCUAACAGAUAAUAAACUAGUCAAGCAGAAGAAAAAAAAUGUCUACAACUCAAACGACUCCAACUGAUGUAACGUAUAUACGAUACAAUGGAGCAUACGUACACACCGUGCCCGGUUUACUGAAAAUCGUUUGUUUGGUUCUCGAUCUGCUCGGCUUCAUCUGCAUCCAAGCGUCGGUGUUCAGCAAUUAUGGCAAAGGUGGUUUCUUCAGUUAUGUUUCAAUGCAAGGAUUUUGGUUCACCGGCAUAAUGCUGGUUCUGUACCUAUUCCAAGUCGUUUACAAAUUCAAUCGAGUUCCCUGGCUAAGAAUCGAAAUGUGGGUGUGUGCUGUAACGUCUGCAUUGUAUUUGCUGGCCGCAUGUCUAGCGUGUACUGUAAACAGCGGAGCAUAUAUAGCUGCAGCGUUUUUCGGUUUCUUGGCAAUGUUGGCCUAUGGGUAUGAUGCAUUCUUGAAGUACAGAGCCACCACCGGCAUUGUUGUGAGCCAAACAACUACUGUGACGACGGUUACAGUUGCAUAAGGAAUUGAACGGAAUAACUUAGGAUGCUGUAGCUCCUACAACUACAGCAUAUGUGUGUAUCUAAUCAUCAGGAGAACAACUGUCCUGUGGAUCGUCUUGUUUGAAUUCGUUUGGAACGUUUUUCAUCUAUUUUUCUCGAGCGGCUCGCUAAUUUCCGAAAAUUGUUUUGCAAAGUUUUUCCGAAAACGUUGCCCCAGACUACUAAAUGUUUCAUCGACGCAUCGGCAAUCACAGAAAGUACAAGAAAGUGAUCAAUGAAACGGUAUACAUUUCGAGCAAAUUUGAACAAUUCAAAUCCAAACUUUUUUUUUUCAAACUGCAAUCGAUACCCGAAGGUAUGUACUCACAUUUCGUCACUUUUUCGAAUUAUUUCAAAACAUUGCGUCGGCAGUAGUAACAUAGUGGUAAAAUUCAAUUGUUUGGCUUAAUAGGCAUAACUUUAAAAUCAUUUUCAAUUUGUCAUACGAUUACUUACUUAAUUGCUAUAGAGAUAGUUGGGUGCUAUGAAAGACUGAAAAGACAUGACCAGAGCCUAUUUUAGAAAUUGUAGGUCCAAAGAAGAAGCUGGAUGUUACCGUUUAACAACUCACUUCAGCAUAGGUUAAAAAUUAUAAUUAAAAUACUUUCGUCUGCACUUGCAUGACUUUGAAACUUAACUUAGAGAAAAUAUUUCCAUCCUGUGGAUCACAUUUAAUUUAAUCGUCUAUCCUGAAUCUUAUACUUUUUGAUCAUGAUGUCCCGUCUCACCCGUCCUUUAUGUACUUACCAAGUUUUCCUUUUCUAAAAUAUGAAAGCUUGGAAAACUUCUGAGAGAUAUGUCUAUGCGAUCUCUCAUUUGAAUGAUCAAUACUUUUCCAAAUUAAUCAAUAAAAUGCUAGAAAAUUAAAGAUCGUCAAGUUAUCCGGUUUUGCUUGAAUGUGUGUACAGACGAUUCAUAUAUACAAUUACGCACUAGUGCGUAAAAGUGAUGUUUGUUAAAAUAAAGAUCUCACUCCUGCACAUAAGCUCCUGUUCUCUGUCAAUCUGCUGCGCAAAUUAUAAACUAUAAAUUUAGAUUUGAGCAACAAAGAAAAAUCUUAGUCCACUUUGAAGUCAUUUUUCGGAUCAAUAUAAAAUGAACUGAAAUCUUAUCUAAACUAAUUGCAAACUUAAAUUUUUCGAUGCAUUCACCGAUCUCGUAUUAGUUUUGUAUGAUAUUGAGUGUAAAGUACUUUAUUAGGAUCUAGAUGUGUAAUUAUGACACCGUGUCAUUGACACAAUUAUGGUACUUUGCACUGAGAUUCAUACAAUGUUUUGUGCAACAAAGGCAUCUAAAGGUCGCAAUUUUCGAACAUUAUGAUGCUGAGUUGCAUAAAAAUUUAAAAAUGUUUUGUUUAUUUCACUGCCAGUAAUUAAAUUGUAGCCAAUAAUAAGCCAGAUGUUUGAUUUUACUGUCUCUUAAAUAUUUUAAAGUUCUUAUUUCGAGAUUUGUGGGAAUAAAUUGAGGAGUUUGAGAUUACGGAGACAGAAUUGAUUAGACUUAGACUUUGGAAGUCCAAUACUUAUUUUUAACAAUUUGAAUUCUUAGACAAACUAAGUUCGAAAAAAUUCUGCAAAAAAUUCAGAUUUUUUUCGAAAUUUUUCGGAAAUUUGUCGUAUUUUCAGAAUUUUACAGAAAAACCAUUCUUAAAAAUAAGCCCUAAGUGAAUCAUCCAUAAUUUUGAAUUUCUUUCAGUCUUCUGAGCGUGUUAAUGGAACCACAUUGUGUGGUUACCACAAUGAAGGUCGACGAAAAUAAGAGCGCCCACAUCUGACAACAAAAAUUGUCGUCUUUGAGCAUAGUAAAGUUAUAAAAUUUGUCUCGGAAUUAUUUCGAUUCAUUUAAUUUUUCUCUGUUUUUGUAUUUUUCGUCUCGAGACAUCUAGAUCUCGAUCUGUUAGAAAAGACGAUCAGCCUAUAGCAACAGACAAGUAAAUCACCAUAUCACUCAUGUUAUUAUUCCCGCAAAUGUCCCUAUCGACUUUAAAUCAGCCCAAAAGUUACAUGUUUUUUUUACUGAAUUAACAAAAAUCUCAAAAAUUCUUAGUGGUUUUGUACUGUCCUCCACAGCUAAAAUUUUAACAAAAAUUGAUAGAUUAAAUGUAAAGUGAAAAGAGAAAAAUUUAUAUUUUUGAGAUGAUGUGCAUAUAUUAUAAUAACCUACCAUUUUGAUAUACAUAAAAUCAUUGUUGACACGAAAUGACCAAUUUUACCGUAGAUAGUUAAUUCUAUAAAAUGGAUCCUACAGUCGGCAACUUUCAAACGAGUGAUGCAUUUUGUUUCAGCUGAUCCACUCAUGCUAACAAAUACGGUUUUACGUCUUUGAACGUUCACCCAUUACAGCUUUUGUUUGUAUGAGUGGAUCACCAGUUGGUGACUGUAUAUAUUUUUCACAAUUUUAAAUAAAAUUUAACGGAUUUGUAAUUUUUACAAUUUACUAACUAACACAAAUCAAUUUUACUACUCACUGUAUCUGUUAUUCGAUCUGAAAGCAGUAACAGUCUAACAGAGCAUUUUUUUAAACAUUUAAAAAGAAAUGUUAUUUUUUACUGCAAACUCUGCAAACUUACAAGAAUUUUAUGAAAGAAAUAUUACUUAUGAUUGUUAAAAGUUUUUGCCUUUUAAGUGUUGUAGCUUUUUAGUCGCGAAAUUUAAAAAAUUGUUUGUUUUAUGAUAAUUUGUCAACUUUGAGUCAUAUUUUUUGAAUUUUUAUUGUAAAGAAAGAAUUAUUUUAAUGCAAUAAAAUUUAAGUGUAUUUUGAAA